AUGGAGAGCGGCCAGAGACAGAAGCUCAAGCAGCCGCAGCGAGAGCAGCAACACCGCGGCGGCAUCUCGCUGCAGCGUGGUGCGUUCACGGGCACCAAGCAGCCGGUGCAGGAGCACAAGUUUGGGCCGAGCAAAAGCAUUUUCCCCUGGAUGCAAGAGUCCAGACAGGCCAAGCAAAAACUAGACAGGAGACUUACAGCUUUGAAAAAUUGUGCACGCGUGUGUGCUGUAAUUGUAAUUAAUGGGCCUAUUUGUACGGUUGCUGUGGCAGAGCGCGCAACGGUGGCGAGCACCGAAGCUUGCAGCUCCAGCUCGCCGGCCUGCAAGCGGAGUCGCACGGCGUACACCAGCGCGCAGCUGCUGGAGCUGGAGAAGGAGUUCCACUUCAGCCGCUACCUGUGCAGGCCGCGGCGGAUGGAGAUGGCCGGCCUGCUCAACCUGCAGGAGAGGCAGAUCAAGAUCUGGUUCCAGAACCGCCGAAUGAAGCAGAAGAAGGACGAGAGGCUCCAGCAGCUCCAGCAGCAGCAGCAGCACGACCUGGCCUCAGCCUCGCCCUCCUCACCCGGCUCGUCCCCCUCCGCCUCGGGCAGCCCCACUCUAUCCAGCCUGGGCUACGUGCACUUGGGCGGGGACUACCAGCCGGCCUCGCUUCGGGCCCGGUCCCAGCAGCACCGGCCCCGGCCUCAGUGGUCCGAGUUCCCCGCUCAGGGCUUCGCGCUCCACGAGCCGCAGUUUGACGCGCACGCGCAGAAUCCCAACGAGGAUUUCCAUUGGUCUUAUUUGUCCCCAAACUCGUGCAGCCCUCACGACAGAAUCAUGCACGCGCCGAAACUCACGCAUCUCUAAUUCGCCGCAAAACAACAACAACAACAACAACAACAACCGUAUACUAUACACGUCCGGAUGCAUUUCCCCCAUAUAGGGUCGUCAUGACACCGAAACCAUAUAAAUUCAUACAACAUAUUCG